ACGGUCUGUCACUGUGGUCCGUACUGCAUGGUAGACCCAAGACUAUUUUUUUUUGCCCUCCAUCUCCAAGCCCAAAAAAGACACACAUUUCUUCACUGUUAAUUAAAAUCUUUGCUUUUGCUCAGUUCAGUCUUUUGUUUUUCUUUCUCUUUCCAGUCAACGCAGAGUUACACUCUCUCUUUCUCCAGCUCUUGGAAAAUGGAUAGCCAAGAUCCCAGAAAGAACCCUACACACACACCAGGGCAUGAGAGCCAUGGAGUUUAUGUCUGUCACAAAUGUGGGUGGCCCUUUCCAAACCCACAUCCAAGUGCAAGACACAGGCGUGCACACAAGAAGAUCUGUGGAACUCUUGAAGGAUACAAGUUUGUUGACUCCGAGGAGACUCCACUCUCGGCCCUUUCUGACGAUGACCAUGGUUCUGAUGAAGAUCCUAAAACCCCUAGUCCAAAAGGUUGGGAGAGAGGUAUUAAUGAGAAGGGUUGUGGUGGAGUAGGGAGCAGAUCGAAUAGAUCAGAAGAUGAUGUUUUUACGGAUGCUAUUGCCGAAUUUCCUGAAAGCGGAUCCAGUCCGGUGACUAGAGAGCAUACAAGGGAUGUUAAAGAACCAGAAAUUAACUUGGAAAUCAAUAAAGCCACUGCUCAAUCAUCCGAGGAUGGUUCAAUUACUGUUAUCAGCCCACCUCCAAGCAAUUCAGCUGACCACAUCCAAAUGCAAAGUACUGAAGUUCCAGUAAUUAAUCUGUCUGGAAGUGCUCAAGAGUCCCUGGAUCAUGACUCGAAUGCUACGAUUGCCUCCAUGACCAGAUCUUUAACAGAUUGUAGAGGUGAAGAAUCUGACUUUGAGCAUAGCCAUGAUAACGGAAGUUCUGCAUGGGACUCAAUCCCCAUCAAACUUGAAACACAAACAGAUGCAUCACAAGAGAAUAAGAAGAGUGGCACUGUCGAGGAUUUGCCAGAGACUGAUGCAAAAGGAAAUGAAGAAACUAAAUUAGAUGGACAGCUACUGGAUGUAGUGGUUUCAACCGAUGACAAUGCAGAGGAUGCAUCUGUGUCACAGAAGAUGGAGGAUGUAACUUCACAGCCUGUGCCUGCUGCAGAAGUCCUUCAAUUGAAGGAAGGAGGCUAUACUGAUGAUUUAGCCUCUGGAAUGUCUUUAAAUGAUCUCUCCCCUGAAGUUAAUUUGGUUGAACCUGCGCAUUCUUCUAUUUCCACUGCUCAGAUCGAGGGGGAUACUCAAGAAAUCGACUCUGCUGUUUAUGUAAAUUCAGCUGUGAGUUAUGAUAAUAAGGGAGAAGGAAAUGGAAAUAUGCAUGUGCUGAUAGUUCCCAAUGACUUAACUGUAGUUGCUGAUGCUGAGAACAUGGUUAAAGGUUUUAAAGACCUUGAAGGAGGGAAAUUGCCCCAACUUAUGAACAUGGAUUCGUUUGGAGCAUCUAACAAUGUUAAGGAUUCUGACCUUAAGAACAAUCCUCAGGGUUUUAACUCAAGGCCAUUGACUGAGGACACCGAAGUCUCUGCAUCCAAUAUGCAUGUUUUGAAUGAUAACCUUGAACCAAAAGAUGGGACCAGCCAGCAUAUUGUUGAAUUGCCUGGUGAAGCAGAAGCUGAUAUGCCCCAGAGAUCAGAAGUUGGUGUAACAGAUGUUGUGACAGGUGACUUGGAGAAGAGCAUUUCUGUUCACUCUCCUGAAGAAGUUGUACCUUGUGAUCAUUGUGAAACUUCAUCUCUGACGAGUUCUAUAGAGCAUGCUACAAAAGCCACAUCUGAUACUAACAUUGUGGUUGUGCCAAUGGAUGCUGAGGUUAGGCAGACAAACUUAAUUGGCAUGGAUGAUACUGGUAAUGAUGAAAAAGAUAAAAUUAAAAGUUCUGAAGUAGGUGAAAAUGAAAAAAACAAUAGAAAUACAAAGGAGAGUUUUGCAGAAAACAGGAUACCGACUUCUAAACAUGCUAGUAUUCCCUCUGAACAAGCUGAUCAAAGGAACAGUGUACUUGGAGAUGUCAAAGCUGCUGGUCUUGAAGAGGGUAAAAUAGAAAGAUGCAAUGCGUCUGAAAUUGUAACUGAAGGUGAUUCUGUAUCUGGAUUGGGGGAGGAAAAUCUCUUGAGGGAGCCAAAAUCAACACCUGAAUCUGCUGUCAAUGUCGAAUCCUGUUUUACCUCAGAGAAUGAUAUUAAUGUGUGUGAGGGAAAGUUGCCACAACUUGCUAGUAUUCCCUCUGAACAAGCUGAUCAAAGGAACAGCGUACUUGGAGAUGUCAAAGCUGCUGGUCCAGAAGAGGGUAAAAUAGAAAGAUGCAAUGCUGAAGGUGAUUCUGUAUCUGGAUUGGGGGAGGAAAAUCGCUCGAGGGGGCCAAAAACAACACCUGAAUCUGCUGUCAAUGUCGAAUCCUGUUUUACCUCAGAGAAUGAUAUUAAUGUGUGUGAGGGAAAGUUGCCACAACUUGCUAGUAUUCGCUCUGAACAAGCUGAUCAAAGGAACAGCGUACUUGGAGAUGUCAAAGCUGCUGGUCCAGAAGAGGGUAAAAUAGAAAGAUGCAAUGCUGAAGGUGAUUCUGUAUCUGGAUUGGGGGAGGAAAAUCGCUCGAGGGGGCCAAAAACAACACCUGAAUCUGCUGUCAAUGUCGAAUCCUGUUUUACCUCAGAGAAUGAUAUUAAUGUGUGUGAGGGAAAGUUGCCACAACUUGCUAGUAUUCCCUCUGAACAAGCUGAUCAAAGGAACAGCGUACUUGGAGAUGUCAAAGCUGCUGGUCCAGAAGAGGGUAAAAUAGAAAGAUGCAAUGCGUCUGAAAUUGUGACUGAAGGUGAUUCUGUAUCUGGAUUGGGGGAGGAAAAUCCCUUGAGGGGGCCAAAAACAACACCUGAAUCUGCUGUCAAUGUCGAAUCCUGUUUUACCUCAGAGAAUGAUAUUAAUGUGUGUGAGGGCAAGUUGCCACAACAUGAACACACAGAUAUAGGUGGAAUUUUGGAUCCUCAGGAAAGCAGAAAGGAACCUGAAAGCAAUGGUAUGGCCAAUCAACUAGUUGAGCGUGCUGGUGAAGUUAGUGCAGCUGCUGAAUCAUAUAGUGGUGGAGAUGCUGAGGUAUUAUGGAAGUCUUCUGAAGACAAGAUGGUGAGAGAGCCUCUAGUUUCUCGUUCAGAACCUUCAUCUUCCCUUCAAAAUUCUUCCCCUGUUGCAGAUAAUCAGGCCAGAGAUUUUCUUGGAGUUGCAUCUGGGAACACACCUGAGUCUUUGCCUGAUGAAGGUGAUAAUAACUUAGUUACACAACAGGUUGUUGCAUCUGCUACUGACUUUUCAGUUGAUUCAGUUAGCCAAACUGAUAGUUUAGAAGGUCACUGGGGUUCCGUUUCAGUGCUUUCUACCCAAUCGGAUAUACCAGCUAUUCUUGAUGCUGAGCCUUUGCCAUCAAAUGGUUCCCAAGCAUUAUCAGAAGCAGAGAAAGCCACCUUGAAGAAGCCGAUAGCUGCUUCUGAGACAGAACAUGCUGAUAAAUCAGAUAUUUUUGAUCCCCCAUCUUUCAUGACAUUGGUUGAACCUAGAGAUGUGGUUAACCAGAAAGCUGCUGCAUCUGAAAUCCAGACAACAGGGAACCCACAACAGCCAAAAGCUGCUUCUGUACAAGCUGGUUGGUUUCCUUCCGUUACCAAUGUUUUGAAUGAGUCGCAGGGGAGAAAAAAGAACGAAGAGAUUAUUGCCAAGGUCACAAACUGGAGCACCGGGGAACAACACCCUUCUCUGAGGAGCCCACAACAUACUCCUUUAAAGAGCCUUUUAGGCGAGGCAAGUAUGGAAACCAAAUCCAAGGCACUAAAUGCCAAGGAAAUCCUAGUUGAAAAGGAUGGUUCCGCAGCUAAAGAUAACGGUGCUUUGUCUAAAACAGUGAGCUCCAUUCUGGCUCCUCAAGAACCUGUAGGUGAGCCUGCCAUGGUGGAAGAGAAAGCAUGGAGUUCUCCAGCAAGGUAUCCUGCAGAUAUUAAGAGAGAGAAGAGGAAAGUCAGGGGAAGACCAUACUGGGCACAAUUUGUUUGCUGCUCAUCUGUAAAUUAGCAUAGUUAAUGCAUUAGCUAUAUAAUAUAGGAAUGAUGAUGCAUGUGGGAUUUACCCCACCGAACUAGUUAUGUAAAGACUAUAUUAAAUCUGGACAUUGCUAUUGUUUUUUAGUAGAUAUUUUUUAAAUCA